GGAGUAAUGCUCAAUGCCUCCGACCACUGGUCGGGCAUUUUCCAUGCACCUGCCUAGUGGCCCCUUUUACCAACAUGUAUACUUUUUUUUUACUAAAUGAGGGCUCUCUAAAACCGAGAGGUGGGGGUCCGCUCAUCGCCUACCCCCUCUAGUUCCGCUCCUGAAAAAGCGGACAUAAGUAGCCUAAUUUUCUGUGGAUAUGUCAUCAGUCGAGUGCGCCACAAGCGUCUCCACCAGGCCAAGGUAAACACCGAAGAACAUGGUCUAUAUAUAUAAUUCCUGUUUACCAGUUCAAACAACGAAAGUGGUCUAUACCCCUGCUUAUUUCAAAGUCUGUGUUUGCUUGUUUAUAUACGGUCUACCUAAAAAUGGCUGGUAUUAAGUACACCAAACAAUCAUCGAAUCUAGCAACAUUAGAAUCACGAAUAUUGCUUCGGAUUAGUGUACUAAUUCUUGUAUUUUAUGUGGAGCCUAAUGCGGGCCUGAGCAUUAAUGGCCUAGAUGCAGACAACCUACGUGUGAAUGAAGGGGACAGCGCCGUAUUGCCCUGUUUCUACUUGCCAACAAACGCCGUUAUCGGCAAGUGGUAUUGGAAGACGAAUGGAAGUGUCAUUAUAAGAUCAGAUGACCCAUCAGAUCCAAACUCAAGGUAUUUACUGGGUGACGCAACUUCCGGGAAUGUUAGCUUAGUUUUCAAAGAGGUGUUGCGAUGGGACAAGGGUACCUAUACAUGUGGAGUGAACGACCAGUCUACAGGAUCAGAUCAAUCAGAUGACAGCAAAUUAACAGUAAACUAUCUAGAUAAUCCUAAAAUUCAGGCACUAACCGACACACGUAUACCUGAAGGUACGCGAGUAUCUAUGUCAUGUAAAGUUGUGUCGUCGUUUCCGAAAGUGAUUUUUCUUACGUGGUUCUUUGGUGGAGACGUCAUAGACAGUGCUUCUGGCAUAUAUAUUGUCAACGAUGAAAUAUUAGAAAUAAAAAAAUUUGAUCAACGUGAUGCAGGGAACUAUAGUUGUAGAGCUGAAAACGAAUACUUUGUUGGAAAAAACGGAAAAUAUAGCAAUUCAAUUACAUUCAGUUUAAGAAAAAAAGGUAAGCCAAAUAAACAGGUAGACCUAUGGAAUACAAAACAGUUUACCUUAAAAUCUUAUAAUACAUUAUUAUUAAAUAGAACAGUGAUGUUGUUAGAUUUUUAUAUCUACCUGCUCAACAACAACAACAACGGCAUUUAACAAAAACCA